UACGUCUCACUGUCUCUGCUCAUUCCUUCUCUUGCAACUACGGACGGUUCAGAUGUCUCCCAAAUUCAAAUCCCACAUCUGAUCUCUCCAUUUUCAACCGUUUGAUUCGAAUAGUGAUCUUGCUGUUCGUUGUCUGAAAAUGGUUGAUACAAGUGGGUAACAGAAUCAGCUGAAAUCAAGCACCCCCAUCAUUCCAUUUCAUCACCAGCCAUGGCCAUUGUUCACAAGCACAGAGAAAUUCCUGCUCAUUCUUCUGCUGUGAUGAACCAGUGGAGGCCAAGGAAGAAGGAGAAGCUGCUUAGGAGAAAAACUUGGGUCUCGAGUACACAACCGAGUACUAGUUAUGAUCAAGAAGCAGUUCACAGUUUUUCACUGACUCGAAGUGUAAAACCCAAGAGAACAACUGUUGAUAGCUUAUACCAUGAUCUCGAAGCUCAAUCUGUUGUUAUGGCACGAGCAAAGGAGGUUCAAGAAAAAUUAUCUUCUAGUUAUCCCAGUCUUAUUAAGGUUAUGCUCCCAUCACAUGUCACAGGAGGAUUUUGGCUGGGUCUUCCAAAAGGAUUCUGUGACCUCCAUUUGCCGAAGCAGGAUACUGCAAUGGUCUUAGAAGAUGAAAGUGGUAAAUUAUAUGAAACAAAAUAUUUAUCCGAAAAAACGGGGUUGAGUGCUGGAUGGCGAGGUUUCUCAAUAGCUCACAAAUUACUGCAAGGAGAUGUCAUAGUUUUCCAUUUAGUAAUGCCUAACAGAUUUAUGGUUUACAUUGUGAGAUCCAAUGCUGCAGCUGAGGUUGAUGGUGCUCUAGGCCUUAAAUAUGAGGCCUCCAACAAACAAACACCUAUAUAUAGCAAAGAAAACAUCCCUCAUAUUAAGGAGGAACAUAUCAUCCUUGAGGAUGUAAAUAGCAAAGAGACUAACAUUGCUCCCGUGAAAGAGGAAGCGGAAGAAGACUACAAUCCCAUCUCCCCUGCAAUGGAUACCCAUGAAGAACAUGAGCAAACAAAUAGCCACGUGCUUUUAGAUUCUGAGAUGAUGCCUGUGCUAGAAGAGUCUGAAAAUGAGAGAGAGAGUUUUGGUUCUUACUUUAUGAAUGGAAUUCGUUUAUCAGACUCUAUACUGAAUUUCGACAAAGUGAACAAUUUGAACGAUUUCAGCAUUUCUGUAAAUGGAUUGAUUAUUGACUCUGAGUUCUCCAGUUACAUUAGAACCAAAUACUAUGAGCUAUGCUGCAGCCAGAAGUCAUUUCUUCAUGACCAUAUUCUUGAAGGUCUAAAUUACAAACUUGUUUCAGGAAUCAUAUCAGAGACCAUCAACAUUGCUGAUGCCAUUAGAGCAUGCAAGAUUACCACUUCACAAGAACACCUUGUGACUUGGGAUAAAACUCUAACAGCUUUCGAAGGCUUAGGAAUGAACGUAGGCUUCCUGCGAGUUCGAAUCGACCAACUAUUGUCUCUCUCUCUAAAACCAGAGAAGAAAAGAGAAGCAGAGCUGAAGCGGAACUCUAUAGAAGAGGAAAUACACAGUCUCUUGGCGAAAAUCAUUGAAAGAAGAGCAACCAUGAGGCAACUUGAAGCUGAAAUUCGCUCUUUAGACGCUGAUAUUGAACAUAUGGAUAAAUUGUUCAAGGAAGUAGCCAGUGCCCCUUGGUGAUGGGAGGGAUGAUGUACAAAAUACAAAAAAAUUCCUGGGUGUGUAGAGUUGGUUUGGUUUUGUUGGAAGCUGCAGUGUAUUAGUUGGUUAAAAGAGAGUUUUGAGAACAUUCUGCCAUUUCUUUUCGCAACCAUAGCAAUGCAAGGAAUUUCACUGAUGGGUUGAGAGGGCUAGUUGUUAUAGCAACCAUAGUAGUUUAGUUUUGGCAAUGGGAGGAGAGUGAAAGAUGUAAAAUUUUGGGAAUGUAAUCGUAAAAAGUGAAUUUGAAGUUUAUUAUCUACCCUAUUCUAUUUGUAUAUUCAAGUACA